CUCCACACUUUCUCUUAUGAACUUCUCCUGUGUAGUCUGAAAACGAACUGAUGCUAAAACACUAAAAACAAAGUGCAGAAGUGACCAGAAAAAGUAAUAUCCGCCUUAUUUAGUGCCGUUGGAAACUACAUGCUCCAGUUUAUUUUGUUGAUUAUUUUUACCCUUUACACGAUGAGAAGAAGCAGAGCUGCUGCUGGGAUAAUGACAGCUUCUGAUCGGAGGUUUUAUUGGAUGGGAUAGAGUGUCACACAGAGAGAAGAGAAGGAAGGGAGGGACUGGAGCAGACUGGACUAGUCUAAAAGAUAUUCAAUCACGUGCUUUUGGUUUUAGCUCUCAGGAGUUUCUGGUGGAGUCAUUUGAAUGUUCGGUGUGGCGCGAUUAUUUCAAAUGUUGGGGGAUAUCGGCCAAUAGCAGAGGUUAAGAUGGAAGUCUGCCUAUCUAAGGAUUUUACACUGGUCUGCUUAACUUAACCAUGAAGCCCCUACAAAACUUUUGAGAGACCAACAUGGAGAUGUAUCAGAGCAAAGCUGGUGCAGCAUUCAGCUACGGGCCUUACACCGAAAUGUCAGCACGACUGGACCUGAACAUACACAAGACACUCACGGAUUUAGCCACAUCCAGCCCUAAUCUUGAUACUGUCACGUCCAGUCCAAAUCUGCAGUGGCUGCUGGAGUCCUCUGUAGUUUCUGAAGCAGAGGCCGCCUGGGAGACGUUAGCCUCAUUUUUGCCCUCCACACUGCCAAACUGCCCCUGUGUCUCCCAGUGCUCCAGUCCAGACCUGCUCCAUUCUGGGACAGCGAGGACACCUGAGCACGCCGACAAAGGCCACGCCAGUGAAUCUAAAGCCGUAGAGGAGUGUGAGAGGAGGCGAGCCCGCAGGGAAAGGAACAGAAUAGCCGCAGCUAGAUGUCGGGAUCGUCGCCGCAUGCUUACGGACACAUUACAAAACGAGACUGAGCGCUUGGAGCGUGUGAAAUCUCAGCUGGAGGAGGAGAUUGCUGGGCUUGAGAGGGAGAGAGAGAGGCUGGAGUUAGUCCUGGAGGCCCACAGGCCCGCCUGCAAGAUGGAUGGCUCCAAUCCUUAAUAACCGUCAACUCUGAACAAGUUCAGAACUGAGUCUGCAGGUUCAGACCAGUCCCAAUAACCAGUGUAUUAGUUCAAGGAAGCUAAGGGCCAAUAUGUUAUCUAUGUUAAGUGCAUGUGUUUUGUUUUUUUAUGAAUAGUACAUACAAAUAGAUUUUAAUUUGGUUUCCUUUCACUUCUUUUCUGGGAAUCCCUUCUAUCAUUUGUUCAAGUUCAAGCCACCCAAUUGCAUGUCUUGCCCAGUGCUGGAAAACACUGUUACAGAUGCAUGAUUCACAGUGGGAUCGCAAAUACCAAAUGUUACAACAAAAAUGAAAAGCAGCCAUAAUAACUCCUGUUACAAUAAAGAACGAAACCUAA